GAACGCCUGAGCCAAGAUGGCUGCUAAGCCGGGGGUCGGAAGUGCUGUAUCCCACGGCUCAGCUGGGGCCACGGAGCGGGUUCUGUCAAUACUACUCGUGCCGGUUGCCACCGAAGCGUCUGUGCAGCUGGGAUCGCGGGCGCAGCUGCACCGGGAGCAGGAGGCCCUGGGGAGCCUGACGGCUGGGGGCAGUCUCCAAGUGCUUUCCUUGGCGCCGGGCAGUCGGGGCGGAAGCAGCUGCAGCCUGGACGGCCCCUUUGGGCACUUUGUAUGGGAGGAGUCUCGUAACAGCAGCACAUCAACAGACAAGCCCAAGCUGCUUGCUUUUAGUGAAAAUUAUAAGCUGUUUAUGUAUGAAUUUAACUUGAAAGAUGGAAGAUGUGAUGCAGCCUUAUUAUACAGCUGUAGUGGGAAGACACUGGAAAAGCUCAUUGAAGAUCAAGGUAUUAGUGUUUCCUUACAGUCUUUGAAAAUCCUCUCCUUUCACGACAACACAUCAUUAUUGUUCAUCAACAGAUGUAUCGUCCUACGAGUUCUGUUUCCUGAGAGAGAUGCUGAGAUGAGAGUGCUCAGCUGUUUGACACUGUCCUUGCCCGCACAAACAGUGGAAACGAUUAUCGAUGUGCAGCUCUGCAGAGGAGUUCUUUUUGUGCUGAGUACAUUAGACUGGAUCUAUAUUUUUAACACUGUGAAUGGCAUGCAUGUAGCUAAUGUAGACUUAGCACUUCUCCAAGAAGAUUCUUGUAAUGAGCAACAGCAGGAAUCAGCCAGGACUUCGUCCUUUACGUCAUUGAAAGUGGCUCAAGACUUGGAUGUGUUGGUGAUUGUCAGCAACUCCAGCACUGCAGUUGCUCUUGACCUAGAUUUGUAUUUCAGCCAACACCCAGGACAUCUGCUUUGUGAAAGAACACCAGACGACCUUCCUAUUCAAGGACCAGUGGGGAUAGAUGAAGAUGAUCCUCUUAACUCUGUCCACAACAUGAAACUGACCAAGGUUUCCUUUCAAGUUGAUAGGUCUUGGAAGGCCCAGCUUUCAUCACUGAAUGAAACAAUAAAGAGCUCUAAACUGGAGGUUUCCUAUUGUGCUCCAUGGUUCCAGGGUAUUUUGCAUUUGGAGUCCACUGAAUCUGGUAACCAUGUUCUCAGGGUGCUAAACCGGGUUUUUAUUCCAGAGGAUGUGCUGCAUGGCCAGUGUGCUUUUCCACAGAAAGAGCACAUCAAGACCAGUGAUCCAAGAAGAUCAUGGAAGACAAUGCACCUCACUGAACAAGAGCAACCCACAGAGCUUAAGUGUAUGUCUGCAACAGGAUUUACUGCACUGUUUACUUGGGCCAUGGGAACAACUAGCUGUACCAUUGUCCUCUGGGAUUUGGAGACUCAGAACUUGGAGUGUUUGUCUCUCAGCCAGUGCAUUCCUGUAGAGAGUAGUGGAGACCAGCAGCUGUGCCUCGUUCUGACAGAAAAUGGGCUCUCUCUGAUUUUGUUUGGUUUAACUCAAGAGGAGUUUUUAAACAGACUAAUGAUCCAUGGAAGUGCGGGCACUGUGGACACCCUUUGUCAUCUCAAUGGCUGGGGACGGUGUUCAAUUCCUAUUCACGCUCUAGAGGCAGGGAUAGAAAAUCGCCAGCUAGAUACAGUGGAUUUCUUCUUGAAGAGCAAGGAAAAUCUUCUUACUCCAUCUUCAAAAUCUUCUGUGCCUGAUCAGUUCCAUUCAUUUUCAUCCCUUUUAUACUUAAAAAAUGUAGAAGAAAUGACACCAGCAUUGGAUUUACUUUGUUCAGCAAUUAGAGAAAGUGACUCUGAAACCCAAAGCAAACACUUUUCAGAACAGUUGCUUAAUCUUACACUGUCUUUCCUUAACAAACAAAUAAAGGAACUUUUUGUUCACACUGAAGAGUUAGAUGAACAUCUACAGAAAGGAGUGGACAUUUUGACCAGCUACAUUAAUAAACUUCGAACUUUUAUGAUAAAAUUUCCUUGGAAGCCAGCAGAUGCUAUAGGUGACUAUGAUGUAAAUGAAAAUGUCUCCACAGUAAAGGAGAGUAAAAUAUGGGAGAAACUCAGCUUUGAGGAAAUUAUUGCCAAUGCCAUUUUAAAUAACAAAAUACCAGAGGCACAAACUUUCUUCAGGAUUACCAGUCAUUCAGCUCAAAGACUAGAGGAAUUGAUUAGGAUGGGCCUAGAUUUGGUCUUCAACAGUUUAAAGAAGAGCAAUAUAAAAGAAGCCUCCAUACUUUUGAAGAAUAUGGGUUUUGAUGUGAAAGAUCAGUUACUCAAGAUAUGCUUCUAUACAACUGACAAAAAUACACGGGACUUUUUGGUUGAAAUUUUAAAAGAAAAAAAGUAUUUUUCUGAAAAAGAAAAAAGAACUAUAGACUUUGUUCAUCAAGUUGAGAAGGUUUAUUCAGGACAUUUCCAAGAAAAUAUGCAGAUCCAGUCCUUUCCCAGGUAUUGGAUAAAGGAACAAGAUUUUUUCAAGCAUGAAUCUCUCUUGAACACAGUCCUCAAAUAUGAUCAUAAGGAUGAAUUUGACCAGCAGGACCAUAGAAUUGCAUUAAAUUGGGCUCACUGGUGGGAUCAACCAACCCAAGAUCGUAUCCUCCUUCCCAGGACAAAUCCAGAAGAAUACAAAUCAUAUUCCCCAGAAGCCCUCUGGAGCUACCUCACAGCUCACCAUGAUAGGCUAAGCAUUACCUUGUGGAUUGAAGAAUUUCAAGCCCAGGAAACCAUGUCACUUCAGCAGAACAAAUGGCCUCCUCUUACUGUUGAUGUUAUUGAUCAGAAUACUUGCUGCAACAAUUAUAUGAGGAAUGAAAUUUUAGAUAAGCUGGCCAGGUGUGGCAUUUUUCUUACAUCUGAGCUAGAAGACUUUGAGCUCUUCCUCCAGAGACUGAGCCGUAUUGGGGGCAUAAUACAAGAUACUCUCCCUGUUCAAAACUACAAAUCCAAAGAAGGUUGGGAUUUCCAUUCUCGCUUCAUUCUGUACUGUUUGGAGCACAAUCUGCAGCAUCUUCUGUAUGUCUAUCUUGACUAUUAUAAACUUUGUCCUGAAAAUUCUCCCUUUUUGGAAAAGAAAGAAUUAUAUGAAGCUCACCCUUGGUUUGAAUUUUUAGUUCAAUGUCGACAAGUUUCCAGUAACUUAACAGAUCCCAAACUGAUCUUCCAAGCUAGUCUUGCAAAUGCUCAGAUUUUGAUUCCCACCAAUCAGGCCAGUGUAAGCAGCAUGCUCUUGGAAGGCCAUACCCUCCUGGCCCUUGCUACUACAGUGUAUGCUCCUGGGGGCAUCAGCCAGGUUAUUCAGAAUAAAGAAAAUGAGAGCUGCUUGAAAAAAGUGGAUUCCCAACUGUUGAAGAUGGCCUUAACUCCUUACCCAAAGCUAAAAACUGCUCUCUUCCCACAGUACACUGCUCCUAGCAUUCUGCCAUCCGAUGUUACACUCUACCACCUCAUUCAGUCCUUGUCACCCUUUGAUCCCAGCAGAUUGUUUGGCUGGCAGUCUGCCAACACACUAGCAAUAGGAGACGCAUCCAGUCAUCUUCCACAUUUCUCCAGCCCUGACUUGGUGAAUAAAUAUGCUGUAAUGGAACGUCUGAAUUUUGCGUAUUACUUACAUCAUGGACGCCCAUCAUUUGCUUUUGCUACUUUUCUGGUCCAAGAAUUAAUCAAGAGUAAGACUCCCAAGCAGCUGAUCCAGCAAGUAGGCAAGGAAGCCUACAUCCUGGGGCUCUCGUCCUUCCACAUUCCUUCAGUAGGAGCUGCUUGUGUCUGCUUCCUAGAAUUGCUCGGCCUUGGCAGCCUCAAGCUCAGAGUUGACAUGAAAGUGGCCAAUACAAUUUUCGAGUACAGGUGUAGAAAUGAAGAUGCUCAGUCCAGCUUUAUCCGAGACUCUCUAGCUGAAAAGUUGUCUAGGCUGGCCAAUGGUGAUAAGGCAGCCAUGGAAGAAUUGCUUGUUCUUCUGGAAGAAGGCACGUGGAACAGCAUUCAGCAGCAGGACAUAAAGAGGUUAUCCAAUGAAUCUGGCAGCCAGUGGACGUUAGUGGUACAGUUCUGCACACUCCACAGUAUGAAACUGAGCAUGUCUUACCUUCGAGAAUGUGCCAGAGCAAAUGAUUGGCUACAGUUCAUAACUCACAGCCAGCUCCAUAGCUACCACCCAGAGGAGGUGAAAUCUCUUCUUCAGUACUUCAGUCCAGUCCUUCAAAGCCACUUAAAGCUAGCUUUUGAGAACUUGCCAUCAGUAUCCAGCUCUAGAACAGACAGUGAGCAAGUCUUCACGAUUCCCCAGGAACUCCAGAAAAAUGAAGAGAUGGCUGAUUUCUUUGAAAUUCUCCACCGAUGCUCAGAGGAGUCAGACUCUUGGCUCUGGCUCCUGGCUGAGGCAGUGAAACAGCAGGCUCCUAUCCUCAGCAUCCUGGCCUCAUGUCUCCAGGGUGCCAGUGCUAUUCCCUGUCUCUGUGUUUGGAUUGUCACUUCUGUGGAGGACAGCAUUGCAGCUGAAGCGAUGGGUCACAUUCAGGUCUCAAUAGAGGACCAUACAUGGGACCUUGGGGACCUUUCCAUCAUCUGGAGAACUUUGCUAACAAAGCAGAAGAGCAGCACUCUCAUCCAAGGGUUCCAACUUUUCUUUAAGGAUUCUCCACUUCUAUUGAUGAUGGAGGUGUAUGAACUGUGCAUGUUCUUCAAGAAUUAUAAGAAAGCCAGAGCCAAGCUUCUGGAGUUCCAGAAAAGUCUUGGAAUGCUUGAUAUAGCAGCUACAAGGGUCUUCCCUAACAUACCUGCCGCAUGGGUGAAGGAUCAGGUGUGUUUCCUUUUGAAACUUAUGCCACAGCAGUGCCAGACGCAGUACGAGCUAGGGCAGCUGCUGCAGCUGUUUGUUGGAGUGGAGCAUCUCUUCUCUGAUGGGCCAGAUAUGAGGAAGCUAUGUGUCCUUAGCCAAAUUUUGAAGGAUACAUCUAUAACCAUCAAUCAUGCAGUUAUUACCAGCUACAGCAUUGAGAAUUUUCAACAUGAAUGUAGAUCUAUUUUGGAAAAGCUGAAGAUAGAUGGACAGUUUGUUUUGGCCAGGACAGUAGCAGAAUUAGCAGAAUUACCUGUGGACAGCUUGGUCAUUGAAGAGAUAAUCCAGGAAAUGCAGACCCUAAAACACAUUGAACAGUGGUCCCUGAAACAAGCAAGAAUUGACUUCUGGAAAAAAUGCCAUCAGAAUUUUAAGAAAAAUUCCAUCUCAAACAAAGCAGCGUCUUCCUUCUUCUCCACGCAGGCCCUUGUGGCCCGUGAGCACCCAACUGGGCAAAGCAACAUCGGGGAGCGCCAUCUGCUGCUCACCCUAGCAGGGCACUGGAUUGCCCAGGAAGAGCCUGUUCCUGUGCAGGAGCUGGAGGAGCUGGAGAAGCAGAUCUGGGUCUGCAGGAUCACCCAGCACACCCUCAAAGGGAGUCAAGAAGAAGUAGAGCCUAGAUUUUCUCGAGAGAUUUCAACUAGUGGUGAACUUUCCUUCGAUAGCUUAGCCAGUGAAUUUUCCUUCUCCAAGCUCGCGUCUCUGAACACUUCCAAAUACUUAGAACUUAAUGGUCUUCCCCCCAAAGAGACAUGUGAGAACAGACUAGAUUACAAGGAGCAGGAAUCACUGAAUGUUUUGAUUGGACACCUGCUGAACGACGGCUGUGUUCACGAAGCGAGUAGAGUAUGCCAGUAUUUCCAUUUCUAUAACCAAGAUGUGGCCUUGGUAUUGCACUGCAGAGCCCUGGCCUCAGGAGAGGCCAGUGUGGAUGACCUACACCCAGACAUCCGUGCUCUGCUUCAGAGCACUAAGCUACCUGAGGAAGAGGAGAGCCCUAGCGCUCCUGUACGGAAAGUCCACAGCACUUCGAGUUUGGAUAGUCAGUCAUUUGUGAUGGUGCCACCUGGUGAUGAGAUGGUGAGGAAUUUGCGAACUCUGACAAGCAGAUGCCUCAAUGGGAAGAACUACUGUCGGCAGAUCCUCUGUCUUUAUGAACUUGCCAAGGAGCUGGGUUGUUCCUAUGCAGAUGUUGCUGCUGGGGAUGGUGAGGUCAUGCUCCGGGCAAUCCUGUCCUCUCAGCAGCCUGACCGAUGCAAACAAGCCCAGGCCUUCAUCAGCACCCAGGGCCUCAAGCCAGACACUGUGGCUGAACUAGUGGCUGAAGAGGUGACUCGAGAGCUGCUGACUCCAUCUGAGGGAACAGGACAAAAGCAGAUAUUCAAUGCAACAGAGGAAAGUCAGAUAUUUCUUCAGCUAACUGCCCUGUGUCAAGACCGCACAUUGGUAGGCAUGAAGCUGCUGGAUAAGAUUUCCUCCGUUCCCCUUGGGGAACUGUCUUGCACCACAGAGCUCCUGAUCCUGGCCCAUCACUGCUUCACCCUAACUUGCCACAUGGAGGGCAUCAUCAGAGUCCUACAGGCUGCCCGCAUGCUUACAGAUAACCACUUGGCUCCCAACGAGGAGUAUGGUCUGGUGGUGCGCCUCCUCACCGGCAUUGGAAGGUACAAUGAGAUGACAUACAUCUUUGAUUUACUGCAUAAAAAGCACUAUUUUGAAGUUCUGAUGAGGAAGAAGCUGGAUCCGAGUGGUACCCUGAAGACAGCCCUGCUGGACUACAUUAAACGCUGCCACCCUGGAGACAGUGAAAAGCACAACAUGAUUGCCCUGUGCUUCAGCAUGUGCCGGGAGAUAGGGGAGAACCAUGAGGCAGCGGCCUGCAUCCAGUUGAAACUGAUCGAGUCUCAGCCCUGGGAGGAUAGCCUCAAGGAUGGACCCCACCUGAAGCAGCUCCUGCUUAAGGCUCUGACUUUGAUGCUGGAUGCAGCAGAGAGUUAUGCCAAGGACUCCUGUGUACGGCAAGCCCUGCACUGUAACCGGCUCACCAAGUUGAUAACACUACAGAUUCACUUUCUGAACAGUGGCCAGAACACAAUGCUCAUCAACUUGGGUCAUCAUAAGCUAAUGGACUGUAUCAUGGCCUUACCUCGCUUCUACCAGGCUUCUAUUGUAGCUGAGGCCUAUGACUUUGUUCCUGACUGGGCUGAAGUUCUAUACCAAAAAGUGAUUCUUAAAGGAGACUUUAAUUAUCUGGAAGAAUUUAAGCAGCAAAAGUUAUUACAAUCCAAUAUAUUUGAAGAAAUUUCUAGAAAAUAUAAACAACACCAGCCCACUGACAGAGCCACAGAAAACCUAAAGAAGUUACUUUCGUAUUGUGAAGAUAUCUACCUGUAUUACAAGUUGGCAUAUGAACACAAAUUUUUUGAAAUUGUAAAUGUGCUUCUGAAGGACCCUCAGACAGGAUGCUGUCUGAAAGAUAUGCUUGCAGGUUAGAGGAUUUCAAAGGUGCCUGUUUGCUUUAUUGUACUGAUAGCAGAUGUUCAUGAUCAUAACAGAGUAACGUCUUCGGAUCCUUGUCCCUAUUUGAAUUGAAAAAGCCCAUGAAUAUACCACACCAGUCCUCUGUGACUGUAGGCAGUGAAGGAUAAACUUCAUAAGGAAAUUCCUAUUUUGAAGUGAUUGUUAUCUCUACUAUUAUAUAGAGAUACUAAAAUCAAACAAUUCCUGUUGGGAUGGCUUCUGCCUGAGAAGGAGAUAUACAGUGAUUAAAGAAUACCUGUGCCUGCAGAUUCCAGUUCAAAGAAAUUUAAUAUUAUUUACACAAUUAAGGAACAGGUGAUACAUUUUUAUUAGUUAGAAACUCAUCUUUCUAUAAUAAAAUAGGUUUUAAAUUCA